UUGCGGCGGUCGCGCGUCGAAAGCUCGCGCUCGAGGCUGCCGUCGCGAGCGGGGCCGCGAUUGCUUCAGUUCCCGCUCUGGGUUUUGUGUUUUCGCCAUGGUUCCGACGGGGUAGCCGACCAAACAAAUAGCCGCCAUGGCCGAACAGAAGGCCGUGGGCAAGACCGACAUGGCGGCCGUGAUCACGGACAACAAGUCCGGAGUCCCUGAUCGGCCAACAAAUGUGUCACAGAAAUUAAAAAACGAGGAGGCCGCCUACCAGCGCGACGUUCUGGGCAAGAAAGAUGUUCCUCCCCCGGUCGAGACCGCGGAGAACAAAGGCGGCAAGCACGGGAUGACAAGCCUCCUACAACACGAGGAAGCACGGCUGCAGAAGAUCGGCCAGCACCUCGACAAGCCAGAGUUGCUGGAACAGAAGCUGCGAGAGCAGACCACCAGCCAGAAGGGCGAGUCGGGGUUCGCGUCCACAGCCAACAUCAAGACCGAUACGAAUAUGCGCAUGACCGACGACGCCCGGGGUCUCUCGCCGGACCAGAACGCUGGACCACGAGGGCAGCAGGCUCCUGCCGGCGGGUUCGCGUCCUCGGCCAACAUCAAGACUAACACGAAUAUGCGCAUGACCGACGACGUCCGGGGUCUCUCGCCGGACCAGAACGCUGGGCCACGAGGGCAGCAGGCUCCUGCCGGCGGGUUCACGUCCACAGCCAACAUCAAGACCGACACGAAUAUGCGCAUGACCGACGACGUCCGGGCCAACAUCAAGACCGACACGAAUAUGCGCAUGACCGACGACGUCCGGGGUCCCUCGCCGGACCGGAACGCUUCACUGCGAGGGCCGCAGGCUCCUGCCGGCGGCGCCGGUGGGCAACAGCCUCCUGGAGGUGCGCCGAUGAAGCUUCCGUCCAAGGAGAACGUCGUAGCCGGAAAGGCGACCGGCACCGUGUCUCCAGUCGCCAGCCAACCCAGAGAGUCGGUCCCGACGGCGAACCAAGCUUGCAUCAACGAAAGGCCGGGGUUUAUUACGGGCACCAGUGGAGACAGAAUGCGGGAUGAAAAGAUGGCCUACGCACGGGACAUCGGCGCCCCCCAAGCUCGAGGCUUGGCUCCACAAGGCGGCGAGAAAGUCAUGUUGGCCACCAUCUACACCAAGGAGGAAGAGUUGUCCACGACGUCCGAAGAACAGCCGCCUCGCAUGAGCGGCUGGCUGCCUGAGAGUUUUCAGCGGGUUAUUGACAGCGGCAUGGAAAAGAUCUACGGACCGCGACCGAGGCGCCCGUACAGGCCGCCUAUGUUGGAGAUGGAAGUGGAAGAGGACGACUACGACCCGUACUUCGAGAGACACGAGGCGGUCCAAGUUUUGUGCAAGCCCGAAGAAGGCCGGGUUAUGUACCCGAAUGAGAAGCGUCGCAGGACCCGACGUUCAGUGUACCCGGCGGAGGAAGAUUUCGAGGUUAUGUUUCAGGACGAGUUGGUAAUGGGCGGCGGACGACGUCCUAUGAUGUAUGACGAUGAAGGUGACCCUGGGUACGCCGACGAAGGAGACAUGUACGACGAGGAGACGGAGGACGUCCUUUACAUAGGAAGACAUGAUGUACCCGGGGGGCCAAACAUGCCGCAGAUGGGUCAGCCCAUGAUGCAGCCGCCCAUGAUGCAAGCGAUGCCCGCUCAGCAGUACGGCUAUCCCCAGCAGACGGCUGGUCAAAAUGAAAUGUAUGACCCUUCACAGAGCGUUGUCAUAGACCAGAAGGAUCAGAUAGAAGUGAGCUCCUCGGAUAGUGACGUCAACGUCAAGUGGACCAAACAGUACACGGUGGGGCUGCCAUCUGACGCAGAUGAUGCUAACCAAACCGCUCGCAGCGUCCGAAUCGACGAACGUGUGAAGGUAACUACUCAGAAGGAUCAGUCAUCCACGACUGAGUCUGAAGAAAGUAGUGGGAAAAUAUCAACUGCUGUUCAAACGACGUGCCACGAUCCGAUAUCUACGACAUCGCAGACGGACAGGCCAGCGAAGGAUUCAAAGGGCAUCGAGGUAAAAGCCGACACAGAUGACGUGGCCACGCAGAGGAACCGAAGUCCCGAAAGAGCGACGGACACACAGACAUUUGGCACAUCACCGUUUGUUCCAGGCGCCGGCAUGCCGUUCAUGUAUCCGCCUGGUAUGAUGAACCCUUACAUGAUGGGUGGCAUGGGCAUGCCCCAGCAGCCUAUCCCUCCGCCACCUCCUUCCCUUCCCGACCCGCCGCCACCUCCGCUGAUACAGUGUGAAGAGUGCGCGCAGGCUAAAUCAUGCUGCGACGACGUGCCUUUCGAAGAGUUGCAAAAGAACAUUGAAGACGACAUUGCAAACAUAGUGAACGAGAACCUGGAAGUAAAGAUUAGUGACGAAGACACCAAGAUACUGGUCACUCGCCCUGACUCCCCUUACAAGCUUGUCUACCUGAUACCGCAGCGACCGCAAGUCGUCAAGGAAGAAAAGGGCAGCCAGACGGCCAAGCAAGACACGAACAAAAGCAUUCAGACCGAUCGAAAGAAAACCGUUAAGGGGGCUCUGUCCUUCGACACCGACGGCGGCGAGGGAGAGCGCGUGAUUAUGGCCUCUUACAAUACUCAGGAGCGCCAGAUCAACGGAAAGCGCGUGCGAACGACCAAAGCCUUCCGCGUCACGCAGUCCGACGACGAAAAGGUGAGCGUCACGGAAGUGCAAGAAUCGUCGAGCAGCUCGGAAGGCGGCAGGUCCAGGUCGAAACGUCGGUCGCGCUCCAAGAAACGGGCCAAGCGCGCCCGUUCGGACGGCGUCUAUCCGCGCAGUCUGACCAUAUCUGUAGGCCGCACCAGUUCUACCACGAGCCGUAGCCGUUCGCCAGGGCACGGUCGCCGCACUCCCAGUGCCGGAGCAGCACGGAGCGAGACUCCCGUGCACGGACGACGCCAGAGGCGCUGGAAGGGGGCCGCCCCUAGCACUAGCUCGUACAGCGUCAGCAGCGAGACAAACGUGUCCAUCAUCGGCCCGGCUUCGAAUCCCGAAGCGAUAAGCUGCACCGCGAGGGCAUACGUUGACAAGUCACCGGCAAAGACUCACUCGCGCGGCCCUUCUCGUAAACACGCUGCGCACGACGAUGACGCGGCGCACAUAUCGGCACGCUGCACCAUGGUGACGUCGGACACGAACAUUUCAGCCCGGACCAUGCAGGACGUCCCCGAACUGCUUGGCGAUGUAAAGCCCAAGAUGAACAAGGUAUACGUAGAGCGCGUCUACAACGAGCGCCCAGAAAGCUCCCGCCUCGGCCAGCGCAUGGAGAAGCGAGCGCCUUCGCCGCCCCCGCUACCAGAGAUGACGCGCAUGAGCGGAGAGAGACCUCCAUCACCUUGCGGUGGUCGUGAGAAGGGCGGCAUGAUGUGCAAGCCGCCAAGGUCCGUCUCGUCCAUUUUUCAGGCAGCUGCGGGAUCUCGAUGCUACCAGAGUCCCAACCGUAAUGCUAGUUACAUCGAAGCCGAACGGAUCGCCAAGCAGAUUGCACAGCAGAUCGCGCCGCAGAUCAUCGCCGCUCGCCAGAAGGAACCCCAAGCGCAAGAUAAACAGAGAAACGGCGGGCAGCCGUCCGUGCUUCAGAACAUGAUCACGACCGCUCGACAGCACAACCAGCAACUUCAACAGCAGCAGCAGCAACAGCAACUUCUACAGCCUCGUCGGUCUCAGCUCCGGCAACUGCCGCUCCCUAGAGACGAGGAGACGGUUCUCCAGCCACGUCGGUCUCAACUCCGGCAACAACCGUUCCGUAGAGACGAGGAGACGCUUCUACAGCCUCGUCGGUCUCAGAUUCGGCAACAGCCGUUCCGUAGAGACGAGGAAACGCUUGUCCAGCCUCGUCGGUCUCAGCUCCGCGAACUGCCGUUCCGUAGAGACGAGGAGCCGACCCGUUACGAAAACAGAACCUUCUACGAGACCGACGGUCGCUACACCGUCACGUCCCAACAGUCUCUGGAGCGCCUAAAGAACGCAGAAGGCAGCCGCCUCGUGACGGAGAACAAGGUGUGCCGAUACGGUCCGCCUGGUGCUGCCCCCGUCACGUCCUCUCUGAGCCAGAGUUUUCCGCAACGCUACGCAGGAGGCGGUUACCGCCGCGCUGGUGGCGGCGGCGGCGGCGGCGUUGCACCACCGAGGCGGUCAGCCACCAUGUCCACUGUGAGCCGCAAUUUGCAACAGUCGCCGCAGCACUUGCAGUCUCGCGGAAGUCCUCUGUGUGGCAGGAAGAGUCCACAGGCUCGGUACAUCCUGCCCAUCCAGCUGCAAGUUACCGGACAGCCGAGCCGGGCGGGCACCGCCGGUGGGUACAACCAGUCACCACGCUGCGGGGGCGCGCGUCUCUCUCCGGGGCUGUCCAGGAGUCGCUCCAAGAUCAUGAUGCAGCAACAGGAGCAGCGCUCGAGCGUCGUCAUGCGCAACAUCGAGCAGGACUCGUCGAGCCCUACCCGCAUGACGCCCACCAGCUCCUGCCACGGAGACAAGAAGAGGGCCUUCUACAAACGGGCGUACCGGCUACGAAUCCCAGCCCAGGAGAAACAGGUGCUGACGUACGCGCUGGUUGCUCUUGUGGCCCUCAUCAGCAUCAUCCUUGUCAUCAACACACUCGGCAAGAGGCGCGCCACCAUAGAGUGACAUCCGAG